UGAAGAAGGUAAAAUAAUUCAAAUUGAAAACGCGGGAAGAUAGCUGGUUUAGUGCCAGUUGCUGAGUUGUCGAAAAUAAUGCCAAGCUUAUUGGAAACAUGUAAAGAGUUGUUCGGGACAGAUAAUUUAUAUGAAAUACUUGGCAUCGAAAAGGAUUCUUCACACAAAGAUGUGAAAAAAGGAUAUCAUAAAGUCUCCCUGAAAGUUCACCCUGACCGUGUUCACACAGAAAAGAAAGAGGAGGCCACAAAAAAGUUCCAGACGCUGGGUCGCAUCUACAGUAUACUGUCGGAUAAAGAUAAGAGAGGAGUGUAUGAUGAGACAGGUGAUGUUGAUGAUGAGGAUUCUGUACCACAGGACAGAGACUGGAAUGAUUACUGGAGGUUACUGUUCAAAAAAGUCACUGAGGAGGACAUCAAGUCAUUCCACAAAGAAUAUAAAGAUUCAUCAGAAGAGUUGGAGGAUUUGAAGACAGCGUACAUAGAAUGUGAGGGUGAUAUGGAUGAUAUUAUUGACAGUGUGAUGUGUGCUACCAUUGAAGACGAAGCCAGAUUUACAAAGAUUUUAAAACAAUUAAUUAAAAAAAAGGAAAUCCCAGAUUUUCCAGCAUUUUCAAAGGAAGGAAAGAAAAAGAAACUUGAGAGGAAGAGAAAACAUGAAGCUGAAGCGGCAGAAGCCGAAAUAGAGGCUAAAAAGCUGGGACUUGAUAACGAUAAAUCACUGAAAGCCCUGAUACUGAAGAAACAGCAGACAAGGGAACAGGCGGCUGAGGAUUUCUUCUCACAGUUAGAGGCUAAAUAUGCCAAACCUGAAAAGAACAGUGCAAAAGGCAAAGCCAAGAAAUAAAGAAGUGUGGUGAAACAUGUUAGAUAGCUACAGUAGGGUUUAUAUCUGGUACGUUGACUGGUAUGACCCUGGUAAUCUGUAAUAGUGACACCUGUCCUUCUACUGAAAUUUACAUAUUUAUUGAAUAAGAUUUGAUAAAAUAGAAUUUGAGUCGAGAUGAUGAAAAGACUGUAUGUCCACCUGGUGAACUACACGUCAUUGACAGCUGUCAAAGUGAUUUUUUUCUGAUAUUGACUGAGAUGUGAAAAUAUUGUAGUAAAUUUGUAGGAAAUAAAGUGCCCAACCUACCUACUGAGAAUUGACCCAACUUUCUUACCCUGAGUUUAGAGAGGGCAAACAAAGAUUUAUUUUUAUGAUGACCU